CAGAACAUCGCGGUCUCCACAGAUUUGUCGCUGAUUCACGUGUGAAAAGAAGGGCUAUUUUCGACUGACAUUUUUUAACAUUUAGGAAAUUAUCAGAACACAGAUGCCAGUUCUUGAUAAAGACACCGACGAGAAGCCAAGUUGGGCUGAUCUAGUGGAAGAAGGAGAAGAAGACCACUUACCGCCCAUAUCAGAGGUCAUUAAUGGAGACACAAAAAUUGUAACAGAAUUUAAAAGGAAUGAGGAGGGGAAGUUGCUCAAGAUUGUGAGGACCUUUAAAAUUGAAACAAAACGGGUUUCAAAGACAAUAGCAAAAAGAAAGUUAUGGAGAAAGUUUGGAGAUGCAAAGAAUGACGGGCCAGGUCCAAAUCCAUCCACGACGACAGUUACUGAUGAUGUGUUCCUUAUCCUCACCACCAACAAGGAGGACCUACAACAAGAUAUGGAUGACCCACUGAAGAAGCUGGGUCAAAGUACUCAGAAGAUUGUGCAGUGUCGUAUCUGUAAAGGAGACCAUUGGACAACUAAGUGUCCUUACAAGGAUCGACUGGAGGUUAUACAGGCACAAGUCAAAGAGGAAGAAGCUAAACCUGCCACUGGUGCUGCGGGAACAGCAGGAACAACAGGAGCUGGAGAUCAGCCUGCAGCAUCCAAGACUGGAAAGUACAUUGCUCCAGGACUGAGAGAAGGAGCAGCCAACAGACGUGGGGAGGCCAUGCCCAGGUCACAGAGGGACGAAUCAGCCACAAUAAGAGUGACUAACUUGUCAGAAGAUACCAGGGAAGCUGACCUACAGGAACUGUUCCGUCCGUUUGGACCAAUUUCCAGGAUCUUCCUGGCCAAAGAUAAGCACACCAACCAGUCAAAGGGAUUUGCAUUUAUCAACUUUGUUCAUCGUGAAGAUGCUGCACGAGCCAUUCAGAGCGUUCAAGGAUUUGGUUAUGAUCAUCUCAUCUUGAACGUAGAAUGGGCUAAGUAAGUUGAUGAAUUGUUUUGAGGAUAGGGCCAGGUACUUUCAGUUGGACCACCUACCUCACAGGAUCUGUAGUUU